CGGGCCGGGCGGCAGAACUGCUCCCGCGUCACAGCGCCAGGCGCGGCGGGGAGAUGCGGCUCCUGGCGCUGACGGCGGCCGUGCUGCUGGCGCGGGCUCCAGCUCCGGAGGUCUGUGGGGCCCUCAACGUCACCGUGUCUCCAGGACCCGUGGUUGACUAUCUGGAAGGGGAAAAUGCCACGCUUCUCUGCCAUGUCUCCCAGAAGAGACGGAAGGACAGCUUGCUGGCUGUGCGCUGGUUCUUCGCGCGCCCAGACGCCCAGGAGGUCCUGAUGGUUAAGAUGACCAAGCUCCGGAUGGUGCAGUACUACGGGAACUUCAGCCGCAGCGCCUAUCGGCAGAGGCUGCGCCUCCUCGAGCAGCGGCGCGGCACCCUCUACACGCUCUCUGUCCUGACCCUCCGGCCAGCGGAUCAAGGGCACUACAUCUGUAAAGUCCAGGAAAUCAGCAAGCACCGGAAUAAGUGGACGGCCUGGUCCAACGGCUCCUCGGCAACAGAAAUGAGAGUGAUUUCCCUCAAAGCUUCUGAAGAUUCAUCCUUUGAGAAAAAGAAAGAGACCUGGGCAUUUUUUGAAGAUCUCUACGUGUAUGCCGUGCUCGUGUGCUGUGUGGGGAUUCUCAGCGUCCUGCUCUUCACCCUGACCAUCAUCUGGCAGUCUUUGUUUAGCAAGAGGAAAUCCAGAGUGAGACACUAUUUGGUGAAAUGCCCUCAGAACAGCUCAGGGGAGACCGUCACCAGCGUGACCAGCUUGGCCCCACUGCAGCCCAAGAAGGGUAAGAGGCGGAAGGAGAAAGCUGAUGUUCCUCCUGCGGUUCCUGCCAAAGCGCCCAUCGCCGCCACGUUCCAUAAACCGAAGCUGCUGAAGCCACAAAGGAAAGUCGCCCUGCCCAAGAUUGCUGAGGAGAACUUGACUUAUGCCGAGCUGGAGCUGAUCAAGCCCAACCAGGCUGCCAAAGGCGUCCCCACCAGCACCGUCUAUGCCCAGAUCCUCUUCGAGGAGAACAAGCUGUAACUCCGAGUCCUAUUUAAUAUCCGCCACCCCAGUUAUUUAUGAAACCUUGGAUACAAAGUCCUUAUUUUUGUAUUUUCGCCUGUGCCUUCUGUGUGCUGGGAGCCCCUUUCCAACGGCCUUCCAGGUGCCUUCAGAGGCACAAGGCUCCUCUCUGCAGAAGAGCCGGGGCCGCAGCCCUUGGACAAAUCUCCCAGGACAAGACUUUCUGGGUCUGAGCCCUGAGGGGCGAGGACUCUGAUUCUGAGACCACCCAAGGAGAUUCUCGGCUGAGCCAAACCCCUUCAUGUUUUCUUCUUCUUUCUCUGGGUUUUAAUUUUUUAGAAUCUUUUUUAAAAAAUCUUAAUUUUUUAAUCUUCUCCUCUUCCUAUAUCCCUGAUAUCAAGCUCACAGUAUAUAGCUCAAGGAAAUGCCAUUAGUGGCCCAAGUGUGAGAGGGUAGAUAGGUACUAGUUGGUUUUCAAAGGAUCCGAUAACACUGCCAGGGCGCCCAGAGCAGCACAAAGUGCUUAUUGCACACCCCUGUUCACGACAGCAUCUCUUAUUUUAAAUAGAUGCACUGACCCUGGCAGUUUAAGGGCAGAGAGACAGACUGGGGAAGUCUGAGGACCAGGCUGACAGUGAACUGCCUGAAACCCCCCAGUGCCUGUUUCUCUACCCAUCAUCACCCAAGGCCAGAGGACACAUAGAACUUCACUCCUUCUAGAGGGCCUCCCACCCCUUUGGCAGGGGGCUUAUCCUGCUAUAGAAACAUAUCCUCCAAGAAGUUCGCACGCAACCUUUUCCAGAGAAGCAGGGGAGUUUGCCAUCGAUUGCCAGAAUGGAGGAAGGGGGCCUCUUGGGAGUGUGCUGAGGUUAUCAACUCUAAUUGAACGUCCACUCGUGUGAGAGCAGAGUCUCCUCGUUGGUUUCCCAACGGGAGGAGAAUAGGAAAUAUAAGUUGAGCUGGAAAAAUGUGUCCCAAACACCCCCAUGUUGCAAGGUGCCUUGUAGGAUUCAGCUUAGCAUGACUUCUGAUGCCCUUGGGCAGCAGGCAGGCAGGGAUCCUGGGGAAGAUGCUCUGUGGACCUGUAUGAUGUCUAGGAUCUCACAGAAGGCGGAUCCAUCCCGGAACGGAGCCGUCUGUCAACUGCGUUGUUAAGGACACUUCCUGAUGUGUGAGUGUGCUCUGGGUGGUUUUGUACUACACACAACGGAAAUUGUUUGGCUUUGUAAUGGACCGGGUAUAUAUGAUAAAUUACAUAUUUUGAACACAA